AUGGUUCCUUCGCUUCUUGACGGUGCCGGCCACGAACAUGUCGACGCGGCUCAACGCGGUGGCGCCGGCGGCGCGGACGUGCGGGACCUAGCCGCCGACUCGCAGAAGCUCGCCAUAGCGAUGGCCUCCAAGACCCCGGACGCGCAGUACACGGUGCAGCGGCUCGUGGCGGACCACUCGCCCGCCGUCAAGGGGAUACACGAGUCGCUGCUCGCCAUCACCGCAAAGAUCGACCUCGAGGUGAAGACGAGGAGGGAAGAACUGCUGGCCGUGGCGAAGAUGUGCACCCUUGUCGCGGCGGCGUCCGUCGUGGUCGUCUCCCAAGAGCACGAGCAGGAACGCCAACGGCACCAGCAACAACGACAACGCGAGCAGCGGCACGGGCCGAGCUGGAAGGGGACAGCGAGGAGCGCGACCUGCGGCUCCGACAACAACGGCGGCGGCGGCGGCGGCGGCGGCGGCGGCGGUUGCAGUGAGAGGAUGAUGCGGUUGCUGGACGUCGGGCCGUUGCGGGAGUGCGUCGAGGCGUUGGGGUUCUUGGUUGGGAGGAAGGAUGCAAGGCGACGAACCCUGCUGCGAAGGUCAGGCAGCAGCAGCAUCAAGGACGAGAUCGCCGACCUCAACGGCCGCGUGCUUGACGCCGCGAGAGAGAUGGGCCUUGCGGGGAUCUUGGCCGUGUUCAAGGGCGUCUUGGAGGACACCGGCGGAGGGUACGGGAGCAGCCCGGGCGGCAUCAGUGACGUCCUGACCCAGCAGGAGGUCGACCUGGCGCGGCAACCGAAGAGAUCUCCGCCAAGAGCUCGCGUCCCAUCCUUGCUCCCCCGCCGCGAGAGCUGGCACGUGAGGCGCGAGCUGGUCAUCGGCACUGUGCUCCGAAGCCUCCUCUCCGCUCCCGGGGGCAGCAAUAGCCGCGGCGGCAGCAGCAGCGGGGACGGCUACACCGCGGGCGGCGGCGGGCGGGCGGGAGGCGGGGGGAGGGAGGCGGGGCCCCGGGUGGUGGGCCUGGUGGGAGAGAGCGGGACCGGGAAGACCGCGACAGCGGCGGAGAUCGUGCGUGGGCCCGAGGUGCUGGAGUACUUCUCCGACGGCGUGGUCUGGCUGCCCGUCAACGAGGGCGACGGCGACCGAGACCGCCUCCCGUCCCUGAUGAAGAGGCUGGCGAGGAUCAUGUACGAGGAGGUCGGCAUCAAGCACGGCUUCGGCGCCCCCCCCGUGGGCGGCGGCGGCGGCGGCGCCAGCUCCGAUGAUCCCUGGGGAGGACCCCGUCAUGGCGGCGGGAGCGGGAGCGGUGCUGCGAACGACGGCGGCGGCGGCGGCGCGGCCUACGUCAAGGCCCUCGUGGAAGGCGGCGGUCAGCAGCAGCAGCAGGCCGUCGCCGCCGCCGCCGCCGCCGCCGCCGCCGCCGCCGCCGACGGCCACGGUGGGCCGCGCCAGCGGCGGCCGCUACGGUGCCUGGUCGCGGUGGACAACGUGUGCGAGGCCGAGGUGGUCGCAACGCUCGCGGAGACCGGCGUGUGGGUCCUGCUGACCACCCGCGACUGGGACGUGAUCCCCAGGGUAGGGGGCAAGCCGGUGGUGAUCGGCCGGCUCCUCGAGACGGACGCCGACUGGGUGCUGAGGAGGGCGUCGGAGCUACCGGGCGACGAGCCCCCGCCCGCCGGCGCGAGGGAACUAAUCGAGCUUUGCGGCCGGACGGUGCUGGACCUGGCGUUCGUAGGGAGGUGGAGCACGGUGUGCGGGAGCAAAGACCCGAUGGCGUGGCGGAACGCGGCCGACAGUAUCCGCGCGGAGCUCAACAACCUGGAGCUGACGCGGGAGGACGACGACGCGCGAAGCAGCGUCACCGUCGCCGGUAAGGUUGGCGGUGGCGGCGGGAAGGAGAAGAAGCUGCUGCUGCUGCAGCAGUCCACGGCCUCCUGCUCGACGAUCGAGGACGGAGCGCCGGCGUCGGUGAUUACCGGAAGCGAGGCCUCUUCUUUCGCGCCCUCCUCGACGUGCUUCUCCUCCACGUCGUCGUCUUCCAGCAGGGCUGCCCACCACGGCCGGGAGAGCCAGCGGAAGGCGAUCCUCCGCGCCGGGUUCCGGGACCUCGUCAGCGUGGCGGGCGAUGACGACUCUCGCUUACUGUACCUUUCGCUCGCGGUGUUGCCCGACGGCCACGAGUUCACGGUGAAGGACGCGGCGGUGCUGCUCCACGGCGACGGCAGCGCCCGGUGCGGCGAUGGAAUUGUGGCGGCGGCGGGGGGGAGGGGAGACACGGGUGGCGGAGGACGGGAGGAGAAGGCGGCGAGGAGGGUGCUCAGGGUCCUGGAGGCGCGGGGCAUCCUGACCGCGUCCGGGGGACGGGGAGGGAGGAGGAGGAGCGCAUCGUCGCCGUCGUCUUUCCGCAUGCACGAAGCCCACUCGGCGUUUGCGAGGGAGAUACUCCUGGACUGCCCGAAGAUCCUCGGGUGGGCCGUGGGUAGGUGGGUCGGCUUCCUCUCCUCGCUCGACGCCGUGCUCUUCUUUGACCCGUUCGCGCUCGCCCGCCUCUGGUCGGCGGUGGAGGACGUCGGGGGAAAGGGCUGGCGCGACGGGCGGCCGUACGAGACGGCCCUCGAGGCCAUCGACAACUACGACCCCCUCUGCCGCGUGUGCCUCGUGGCGGUGGCCAAGUUCCGGGGCGCGGAGGGCGACUGGGACGGGGCGUCCCUGAUGUGGCGACGCCUCCUGACGGUGGAGCAGCGGGCCCAGGAGCCCAACGUCAUGUAUCCGGUGUGGGAGCUGGUAAACGCCGCGGAGAAUGGCGGGAAGCCGGAGGAGGCGGCGGCGUGGCGGCGGUACGGCCGCGAGACCCUGAACCUGGCCAUGGUGAAGUCGACCAUGGUGCCGCCCGAGACCGGGGCUCGCGACAGCGGCGGCGGCGGCUGCGUUGGCGGCAGCAGCGGCGGCGGUGGCGGUAGCUACUCGACCAAGAGCAGCAGCGGCGGCGGCCCGAAGCGCUCGGCCGACACGGCCUCCGUGCUCCGGUCCCUCGCCCUCAACAUCGUUCGGUUCGGGCCUUCCCAUGGCGUGGAGGCCGAGAUGAUGCUGCGGCGCGCCCUCGAGAUCGAGGUGGCCCGGCGAGGGCCUGACGACCCCCAGGUGGCCGUCACCCUUGGGCGGCUCGGCGUCUGCGUGCGGCAGGCUGGGCGCCUGAAGGAGGCGGAGCAGCUGCUGAGGCGAGCUCUCACGAUCGAGGAGGCCAGGCUGGGCGAAGACGACCCUAGGGUCGCGCGCACGCUCUUCCACCUUGGAGUGUGCCUCCGUGUUGCCGGGAGGCUCGAGGAGGCCGAGGAAGUUCUCUGGCGGGCCCUGGACAUCGAGACGGAGAGGCGGGGCGCCGACGACCUGACCGUCGCCGGCACGCUCCACGCGCUAGGCCUGUGCGCCAAGCUCUCGUCUCGGGGCGGCGGCGGCGGCGCGCUGGAGGAGGCGACCGAGCUGUUCGCCCGCGCCCUGGCCAUCAGGGAGGCCAAGCUCCAGCCCGACGACGCCUCGGUUGGGCAAACCCUCUUCGAGCUGGGCGUGUGCCUGAGGCGCGACGGGAGGGUGCAAGAGGCGGAGGCUUUCCUGAGGCGGGCCCUGGGGAUCAAAGAGGCGGCCGCGGCGCUCGAAGCGGAGGGAGGCGUCGCCGCCACCGGCGCCGGCGGCGCCCGCCCGGCCUUGAGCCGUCGCAGCAGCAGCGGCAGCAGCGGCGCCGGCAGCAGGGGCAGCACCGGCCGCAGCAGCAGCAACCGGAACGGCGUCGACGAGGACUCGGUGGGGCUAGCCAUGUUCCAGCUGGGCGUAUGCGUUCUGCAGGGCGGCCGGCGGCUCGAGGAGGCGGAGACGUUGCUGAGGAAUGCUCUCGAUGUGGAGACGCAGAGGCUCGGCUCAGACGACGUAUCAGUUGCGCGCAUCGCGUUCCAGCAUGGGGUGUGCCUUCGUCGCUCGGGACGGCGGGAGGAGGCGGAGAGGGUGCUCGGCGAGUGUGUCAAGACCCUCGAGGCUAGGCUGGGGGCGGGGCACGAAGAAGUGGCCGCGGCGAAGAGCAUGUUGGAUUCGUGCGCGGCGACUGAGUAGGGUGACCACAUGCUGAAAGUUUCCGGAACUUUGUCCACGAAAAGAAUGGAAAAGUGUGUAUGUUCUCUAAUUGUUGGUAUCAAGUGUAUUUUUUGUUUUUCUCCCAAGUGUUUUUGUCCAAGUGCGAUUUGGUGUUCAAUCGUCUCUGUUCUGUUUUGGUCGUAUCCGCGUCUGUUUGUUGGUUGUGCUAUCUAUAGUUGACAGGGUCGGACGUGGGUGGAGUAGCCUAUUCGGCUGUAGAUGCUGAGGCCGCCACACUGCCGGCAACCUGAAAAGCACAUGUGUGCCUGUGCUCAGUUUGUACUAGUGUUGUUCGUAAACAGAAAAACAUGUGUUCAUUGUGCUUGAGAAUUAUUACGUAACUGUUUUUGUUUGUGCCUGCUGUGCCUACGAAUCUUGUCUCUUUACGCCUUUUUUUUUUUAGGGGCCGUUGAUUUGCGCUUGCGACCCUCUUCGCUCGUAUCGACAUGUGUUGUUUCUCACAUACUUUUGCAGGAUAGCUCGUUUUAGUUUCGGAGUGUUGUAGUGGUGAGUGUGUCGCCCAUGAGCAUCUGUCGCGUUCCACCAACCGGCCCACAAUGACAGAGUACGUACGUAACGUGUAGAGGCGCCUUGUUUGGAAGCGGAGUCCCCGGGCAGGGGCGGGGGGGUGGAGGAGCAUAGCCGUUCCGGUAAGUGUCGGUUAUUCUGUAACGAAAACAAUUCGUAGUCGGAUGAUAAAUUAAUUGUACAAUCUAAAUAGUGAUGGUAGAAGGUGAGCUGCGUAUUGAAAGCUUCAUGUCUGAUGCCGGCGUAUAUCUGUUGUUGUUGAGCUGUUCUGUGUCUGUUUUUAUCGAGUGUUGUGUGUACGUGCUGCUGGUAUUGGGUUUCUGAUGGGGAUUUUCGAUGGCGGUGUUGUUUAUUUUGGGGUAGUUGCCUGCUGCUUGAAUCGCGUUGUUGUUGCCAUGCCUGGGCAAUCCCAAGAGUAAGCUAGGUGAGCACCUCUCUCUCUCUCUCUCCCUCUGUCGAAACUUUACUUCUCUUUAGUGCCACCUUUGAUUGUCUUGUAUUUCGCGAGCAACGAGCGUUAGGUUGCAGGGAGGAUUAUUUUGAUGGAGGGUCCUCUGUAGAAGGCUUGGAGCACCCGUAUCUGGGCACCGUUGGGUAUCAUACAGAACGCGCACACGUGCGUCGUAUUGUAUGUAGGCUAGUGCAAGCACAAGGAGGCAUUGCAAGGUCUAUCAAAUGACCAGCUAGAGCAACUCACGAUGCUUUUCUGUCACGGCGGUUGUGUGCAUCCGCACGUACCCAACAACUGUAAGGAGAUUGGUAUCUUUACAAGCGGCCUGGUGCAGAGAGUGCAAGAGUUCACAAGUCUUACAGAAACGUCACGAUGGGUGGGAGAAGUGUUGCGUCCUUGGUGGUAGAGUUUUUUUUUUUCUGUGUUCUUUCCUUGCGAUUGGAAACCUGGGCAAUAUUCUAUUGCUGCCGCUGUUACAGCAACAUCGAGAGGGAAAUGGGGCAGCUACUUACUGGGACUCGUCUAUGCUGUAAUAGUUUAUUCUCACGUGUCGGAGAAGUCUUUCCGGGGC